CAGAGGACGCGGGGACAGGAGGAACUAGUGCUGUGAGUGUGAACUGUAUGACUGGAUACAUUUUCUUUGAAGAGCCUCACCACACAACAGCUUCAGUGAUGAAGACAUCAUCAGCGCUGAUUUCUGCGGCUGUUUUCACGCUGCUGCUCAGCCCGUUGUGGAGUACAGAUGCCGCCACCUACCAGGGCGCUUUCCCCCACCCAAACAAAUACAACCCAAACGAAUCGGACGGAUGCCAAACACCCGCCAUCAGUGGACUCGUUUCCCACGUGCCGGGGCCUGUCACCUCAACCGACGAGGUUCUGGAGUCCAGUCAGGAGGCGCUGCACGUAACGGAGCGUCGGUACCUGCGGCUGGACUGGUGCAAGACGCAGCCGCUGAAGCAGACCAUCCAGGAGGAGGGCUGCCUGAGCCGCACCAUCAUCAACCGCUUCUGCUACGGGCAGUGUAACUCCUUCUACAUCCCGAGACAUAACUACCAGGACGGGGACGCCUUUCAGUCCUGCUCUGCCUGCAAACCAAAAACCUUCAGCACCGUCACCUACACCCUCUAUUGCCCGGGUCAGACGCCCAGCACCCGGAAGAAACGGAUUCAGCGCGUAAAGCAGUGUCGCUGCACGACGAUAGAUACGGAUUAGACAACAUAUCUCUACAUCCAGAUCGAUAAAACCGUGUUUCCACUGAGGGGAUGUGUGCAGCUUUGUGAUCAAAUAAAACGCAGUUUAUUUUUUUUAACGGGACACUUGAAAAUAACGCGUGAACAGGACGGUGAGGAACUUACCUGAGCCAAUUUAUCACUUAUUCUGCUGAUGGACAACAAACAGGUCAAUACACUCACCACGUUCCCUUUAAAAAUAAAGAUUUUCCUGCAAAUACUCGUUAAACAAAUAUUCAAAAUGUCGAGAUAAAUACCAGUUAUUAAGUUGGUUGCUGGAAGAUUUUACAUGCAGGAUGGACUUUAACAAAGUUUGUGCUUCAGUCAAGUGUUUAGUGUCAAUGAGAG